AUGUUUGAUUUCGAUGAUAUCGAGGCAGAUGUUGAGCGCAAAGGUGCCGAAGCAUGGCAGGAGGACGCCAAGGCAGUCCCAAGUGGGGCGGCCUUCGCGCAUCGCCGGCCAGGGGCACCACCAAUUGAGGUCACAAAGAAAGUCAUCAUUCGGGGCGUGGAUGGCGCCCCGGAGCUGGAAGACAAGAUCGGUGAGAUCAUGUCUUUUGAGGGCGGCAGGUAUUGUGUCAAGGUCAUGAAUCUGAGUGGGCCAGGGGGCUACGUGCCUGGCGCUGCGGUGAAUGAGGGAGCACACAUGAAGUCUCUCCUUCCUGAGAACAUCGAGCUGCAUCCUGACCAAGUAGAGAAGGACAGGCAAGCCGCAGAAGACGGAGCAGUCGUCCUCUUGGGCGGCAACGAAGCCGAAAGAGCAGCACGUGAGGCACUCUACUCCCUUCGCAUGGACCCACAGCACUUCUAUGAUAAAGCGGUGGAGCGAAUCUUAGCCGCAAGACAUGAGUUUGAAGUCCUGAACCUCGAGGCGAAGUGGUAUGGGAAUGACUUGAGCCUCAUUAAGAGGGCUUACCGCAGGAUCAGCGUCGGCAUCCACCCUGAUAAAAACAGGCACCCUCAAGCAGUCGACUGCUUCAGGAAGGUUUAUGGAGCGUUUGAGACUUUGAUGGACAAGAAGCAGCAGUGGCGCCUACUCUUUAUACUGAACAAACUCAAGGAUGAUGAAGUAGACCUUUACGAGCUGGAGGCUGAGGAGGACGAGCGCUUCGAGUGGUGGCUUGAGGCCAAUGUCCCAGAGAUCGAGAAGCAGGCUGCCGAGAUAGAGGGAGGCGAGUUUGAAGAAAUUGGUGAAAAGUGGAUCUCCGACGGAACAGGUGGCAACGUCAAUGAUGUAAAGUGGGCUGGCAUGGCCGAAAGCUUGCGACUGCAUGCUGAGGACAAGGCUGUGUUCAUUGACUGCAGGGAGCGCUUCGAGUUUGAAAUUGAGCACAUUGACGGCGCCUUCAACAUUCCCAUGCGUGAGUUUGUCGACUUUGGCCUUGGGGGCGUGGCCGGCCCAUGGGUGAAGGAGGUCUUGAAGCGAAAAGAUCAGCCAGUCAUCAUCUACAGCGAGGUGGCCACGCCUUUUUCGCGCUGCAGGGCCAUGUGCCGAUGGCUUCUGCGUGCUGGCUCCAAGUCUCUGCCCGCGGAACGAUUGCGGCGGCUACGGGGUGGCAUGUUUGGGUGGCGGCACAAGAAGGGGAAGAUCAUUCUUGCCAUCAAGGACAUUACCCCGGAGCAGAAAGCUGCAUUACACCGAGCAGCCGCCAAGCAGAUUGGCGCGCUCAAGCCCGGGAUGGAAGUCAACCUUCGGGUGCGCGUGAGAUGGUUCGAUGAGCGGUACAAGCACAACGGUGGACCACCCAAACCUGCUGCCAUGCUCCAUGACUCUUCGGGUGGCGUGCUGACGCUCCUCGCAACCCCAGCGCAGAUCGCAACUUGUCGCGAAGCCGCCUCGCGCCAAGGAUCGCUGCUUGUGAAUGGGGCCACGGUGGUACUGAAAGAUGGCCACCUUCUGGCAGAGCUGGGACCUGAUGCGAAGCUGGAGAAGAGCGACCGGGAGUUCACAUUUGGCUUCGAAGCAAAGAAUGUCUCCGAAGAAGUGCGCAAAGUGGAGCCUGAGGACGAAGCAGAGUAG